AGUGUUUUACUUAUACCUACUUGGACAUAAUGACAGUCCUGUCUGGACUUACUUUGUCGUUUUUAAAACGUUGUUGUCAGUAGCCUAGGCCAGCCAACCAUCGUUCCAAACAAAUGAUGUUAAUUGAACAAUAGGCUAUUGAUUUGUUUUGGCUAGAAGUAGCCCAGGACCGUCUGAGUUUCAUUACGCACGUGGAAUGCGAUGAGGCUCAACCAUGGCACAUUGCUAAUUGUUUUCUGCAUUGGAAGUUUAUUUGUGAUCUCUUGGCAUUCCGCUCAAAGAGAUCACACUUCAAGACAGGUGGACUUUGCCGGACUGUUUGAGCGACUAGAGCAAGCGGAGCACCAAGCAGCCGAGCUGACCACCGAGCUCACUUCAGUCCUGUCACGUCUCCAUAAUGCCACCACCAACACCAACUCUAGCCACGCUAAGGACGAGGAGCUGAAAGAUGUGAACGUAUCGAGCUGUGUUGCCUCUCAGGCCAACACCCUUUUUUACCUGCCACAUCUGCAAGGACAACAGGAUGGCCUCGUGGCUAAUGUGUUCUUGGGAAAGGCUCGCUCUGGAGUGUCACUGGUGUUGGGUAUCCCUACAGUCCGCAGACAGAAGCAGAGUUACUUGGUGAACACCGUAGCAUCUCUCCUCUAUGACCUUUCACCCCAGCAGAAGAGUGACAUGGUCAUCAUCAUCUUUGUGGCUGAGUCAGACCAACAAUUUGUCAGGAGUGUGGCUGAUGAGAUACAAGAAAAUUUCCCAGAGGAUGUCCAUUCUGGACUUGUAGAAGUGGUCUCCCCACCUUCCAGUUUCUAUCCAGACUUCUCUGUGCUCAAGAGCACCUUUGGAGACUCCAUAGACAGAGUGAAGUGGAGAACGAAGCAGAAUUUGGAUUUCAGUUUCCUCAUGAUGUACGCCCAGCCGAAGGGGACCUUCUAUGUUCAGCUGGAGGAUGACCUUGUGGCUAAGCUGGGCUACUCUGAUGCGAUGAAGACGUUUGCUACGGGGCUGGUGUCAGAGCAGUGGCUCUACCUGGAGUUCUCUCAGCUGGGCUUCAUCGGGAAAUUGUUUAGGGCCUCCGAUUUACCAAUGAUAGUUGAAUUCUUCCUGAUGUUCCAUAAAGACAAGCCAAUAGACUGGCUCUUGGAUCACAUUCUGUGGGUUAAAGUCUGCAACCCUGAAAAGAGCACAGCCGACUGCAACAAACAGAAAGACAAGAUGAAGAGGAGGCAUAAGCCAUCACUGUUUCAGCAUGUUGGGCUUCACUCUUCCCUUCCAGGGAAGAUCCAAAAACUAAAAGACAAGGACUUUGGGAAGCAGCCGCUGUUUGUGCCGCAUGUGAACCCCGCGGCGGAGCUGAGCGGCAGCCUGAAGCACUACCAGAGCCACACGCUGCGGAGGGCCUACCAGGGCCAGGACUUCUUCUGGGGCCUCACGCCCGUCGCCGGCGACUACAUCCUCAUUCGCUUCCACCAGCCGCAGAGAGUGCAAGGGUACCUUUUCCGGAGUGGCAACAUUGAGACAAACGGAGACCGGUUCAGCAACACCACAGUGGAGGUCCAGCUCAGGAACAGUUCUGUGGUGGAGAGGGUUCAGAACCAGGAGCUGCCUCAGUACCAGCCUUCCACAGAUGGUUUUGUUGUCGUUGGUUCUUUUGUGAAAGGCGUGGCGCAGGGGACGCUAGAUGCUGCUGUGCGGGAGGUGACUGCCAUGCGUCUGAUGGUCCACACUGACUCAGAUGUGUGGGUACUGCUGAGUGAGAUAUUCAUUAAGGUUUCAUGAGGGGACAAGUAACUGAGUGGGGAGAAACCAGAGAAGUUACUCUACUCUUUCAGCGCUUCUCCGUCAACGUUCACGGCGUGACCUCUAGUGGGUGACUGUGGAACUGCAAUGCACAUUGACACUUUCUGUAAUGUACUAUGUCGUCUUACAUUGUGUUUAAAUAUGAUGAAAGGAUUUAAACAUUUCCAUCCCUUUACAAGAAAAUACAUCAGCUCCAGAAAAAUACUGUUGCAAUUUUUUCUGUUGCUAUUUGUAAAAUAAAAAAAAAUGUAGGCCUACA